AUGGCUUCAAUGAGCGAUUUGGAUCGGCAAAUAGCAUUGCUUAGGGAAUGUAAAUUGAUAUCAGAAAGCGAAGUUAAAGCACUUUGUGCUAAGGCGCGUGAAAUCCUAAUCGAGGAAAGUAAUGUGCAAUACGUUGACUCUCCUGUCACAGUCUGCGGAGAUAUUCACGGUCAAUUUUUUGAUUUAAUUGAGCUCUUUAAAGUUGGUGGUGAAGUACCGGACACGAAUUACCUGUUUCUGGGUGAUUUUGUUGAUCGAGGGUAUUAUAGUGUGGAAACGUUUUUGCUCCUACUUGCGCUGAAGGUUAGAUAUCCAGAUCGUAUUACUCUUAUCAGGGGCAACCACGAAAGUCGUCAGAUAACUACUGCGUAUGGGUUUUACGAGGAAUGCUUACGAAAAUAUGGCUCUCCUCUCGUCUGGCGUCAAUGCACGGAGAUAUUUGAUUAUCUUUGCUUAUCUGCGAUUAUAGACGAUCGGAUAUUUUGCGUACACGGAGGUCUUUCACCCCAUAUUGAACGACUUGAUCAAAUUCGAGUCAUCGAUCGCAAGCAGGAGGUGCCACAUGAAGGGCCCAUGUGUGAUCUCCUUUGGUCCGAUCCUGAGGACUCUGCUGGCUGGAAUGUAAGCCCUCGGGGCGCUGGGUUCCUCUUUGGAGCUGAUACUGUUCAGCAGUUUAACCAUGUAAAUAAGCUCGAUCUGAUUUGUCGUGCCCAUCAACUUGUGAUGGAAGGCCGGCGUUAUCACUUCAAUGAAACUGUGCUUACAAUAUGGUCAGCGCCAAACUACUGUUAUCGUUGUGGUAACGUGGCUGCUAUUCUCCGCCUUGACGAAUACCUGAACAGGGACUUCGCUUUUUUUGAAGCUGCUUCUCAGAACAACCGCAAUUUUCCUGCACGCAAGCCCGUUCCGGAUUACUUUUUGUAA